AUGAAUAUGGAAGAAUCGCUAUUCGGCAAAGCAAAGAAAAUGUUAUUUGGUAAAACUAAGAGUGAACAGCUUUUAGAUGAGUUGGAAAUUAUUUGUAAAGACAGAUUCUAUGAAGUCAACAACAAAGUGCUAGAAGAAGGUGUCGAUGAAAUUUGUGAUUUCAUCCAAAACAAAAAGAAAGAAGAAGCAAGAAAAAUAUUUCUUUCUCUAUUUAUGAUGGUUUCUAAAAAUCCUGACAUAUAUUCUAAUGUCAAUCUCUUUCAAGUGGCAUGUACUCAUUUAUUACUGACACUAUAUGUUGCUAAUAAUCCACCUCCUGUUGUCUUUAAAUGGAUAAGUGAAAUUCUCGUUACUAGUGCAAAAGAUUACUCCAAAUUUGCCCAUAAUAUCAGGAAAAUAAUGUUGCUGAGUGGAUUGAAAAACUUUGAGUUUGAAUAUGUAUUGGUAUUGCAUCAAUUUAAAAAUAAUCAUUUUGAUCAAUGGAAUAUAUUUUGGAAAAAAGCCAGUAUUUCAGCUGAGCUGCACGAUUGGGUUUGUGAAUAUUAUUUUAGAGUGUUUCCAAAUAAUUGGUAUCAUUUGGAAAUUACUUUCUCCUCAAUUAUUCAACCUCAAAACUCCAAAUAUUUACCAAUUUAUGUAUCUAGUUUAUUGCAGAGAUCACCAGAAUAUUUCACCAAUUUUUGGAAGAACUAUCUAAAUAAUUUAGACAUGACAAAAGAACCACUCUACAUAUUUUGUCUGCAAUUUUUAUGCUAUAACAUACAGACAUUCUUAAAUGAUCUAUUACUCAAGCAAAAGCUCAUUUCUAGUCUUGCCACAAAAGAAAUCCUUGAUUUCUCUGAAAAUACUCUUCAGUCUAUUCUCCAAACAAUUCAACAAUAUGGAGUGGAUUACUAUUUGGGUGCACUGGAAUUCUCACUAAAGAAUAAUGCCAAAUCUGAUAAUCUGACCCCCAAAAACAUGAGAUUAGCAAUCAAAUACUUUCCAAAUCAAGUGUCUAAUGAAACUUUCAUGAUAUUUUUAACAAACCAGAUGAAAAAGAGGGCCAGUGUUGAUGUAAUAUUCGAAAUGAUCGAUAGUUACAUGAAUGUGAACGGAUUGGAUUUACAAAGAGUAUUGUCCUUUUACACGAGUUGGUUUGGUUUAACAAAAGAUUUCAGACAUUUACAAAUUUUUGAUAUUCUUGAAUCAAAAUCUAUUGAAUCUUUCAUUUCUGAAUUGGAUGAAAAUUCAGCGGAAACAAUUGUAUUGGCUUUAUCUAACCUUUUUAAUGAUACAUCAGCAAAGGAGGCAAGACUGAAGUCUGCCAAGCAAUUGUUCUACUUAGGAUCUGAUAAUCUAACCAGACAUCAUUAUGUAUUUUAUAAGGCAUUUAUCAAUUCAUUGUUAGACUCUACUGAUAUGUUGGAAAGACUUAGAAUAGUUUCAUUAAUCGCUGAUGACAUGUCUACUUCAAAGCUAUUUUCGACUUUUGCUCCAUACCUUUUAGAAAAUGCAAUUGUAAAUAGGGAACAAACAGGAAUCAAGUUUUUCCUUGAUUCUGAAAAGUACCUCAACAUAUUUAUUAACACCUGGAAACAUAAUCAAAAUUCAAAGGAAUGGAAAGAGUAUCGUGACUUAUUCGUAAGUGCGGUAAAGAAUCCUCUUCAAGACUUGACAGAUAGCAUUUCAGACAACCAGAUAACGAUCAAGGAUUUGGAAUUGUUACAAAAAGAAAGAUAUCGUUUUAAUUCACUGAUCGAGAAAUUAGAUUUAGCUAAAGUGAAUGGAAUAGAAAGAAAGAUAGAAACUUCCAAGUCUGUAGAAAAAGAUAUUCAAGAAUUGACUAAAAUUAUUUCAUGGUUAAAAAGGUUCCCACUGCUUAUGGAGUUUACACAACAUUUAUCAUUACUGGAUGAAACAUCUACACUCUCAGAAUUGGAAUCUAAUGUUGAAAGCCUCAAGGCACAACUUGAUUAUAUUGAUAACAGAAGAGACUUGAUAAUUUUUCUCCACGAUGAAGACAGUCUAUUGUUCCACUCUCUAUUCAAAAAAUUUCUUCAUGACUCUGGGGAAACUGGUGAUAUUAUAGCAGUAUCUGAAAUAUUUACAAGAGUGAUUGAAUUCUUGGAACACAUUAAUAUGCAAAAUAUUCAAAGUUUGAAAGAGUAUGAGAUUUUAGAUCUUUCUAAGCAGCUGAGAGCUAAAGGAAAAACUCUCUCUGGUGAGAUUGAACUUCUAUCCUCAGUUCUUAACAAGACUAGUUCAGGAGGUCAAUUUAAUAUCAAUUUGGAGGUUUUAAGAAAAGCACUAAACUUGGAAGAGCUUGGAACUGGAUUAGAAUAUUUUGUUGAUUGUAUGCAAGACUACAAUAUGGAGCUUGUUAAAGAAGAGAGUUUCAAUAACAUAAAAAGACUCAAAGAUAGAUUGUACGGUCUGAGAGACAUUCCUCUUUCGGAAGUUGAAGUAAUUCUUGAUGUUUCUAAUGAAGCAAUGCAAGGUUUGGACGGUUAUCACACCAAAUAUUUUAAAGAUUUAUUAACUCCAGAGUCAAAAGGAUUAAUUCAAUUUUUGAAGGAUAAUUUGUUAAGCUUUGAAGAUUCUAUCAAAGUAGUAAGGACAAGAAGUAGAAACUCUAAAUUCCACGAAGAAAUAGUGAAUUCUUUAAUUAUUGCCAAAGAACUGGUCUCUCCUUUACUCAAUCAAAAGAUCACCUUCCAAGAUUUUAGAAAUAAGAUUCUUGCCUUAUUCAACAAGGAAGAGGAUCUUUUCAAGCUUAAGGAACUUCAAGUUGUUAACGAAAAUCUUACAACCAUCAAAAUUUUAUUCUCUAGUACAGCCACUAUCCACCUUGAUGAUGUUUUUGAUAGUGUCAGGGCAAUAAUAGAAAAGGGAAAGUUUAUUUCCACACCAGAUUCAUUAAUCGUUAGCUACGAAGAUAAAGAAAUAUCAGGAGAAGAGCUAGUUGAUUUGGUUAGGGUUGCUAUUUUCAGAUCUUCUGAUUCAGAAAAUGACCAAAAUAUCAAGAUGAAACAUGAUUUACAAAACUUUAUAUUGCUUUAUCAAAUGGCAGAGCAAAUUCAGUCAACUAUCAAAGAGCUAAUCAAAGAGGGUUAUCCUAAAUACCAUGAUCAAGAACGAAUCGAAAUUAAUGAAAGAAUGGAAAAAUUAGAGCUUGAAAAGAAGAACAAUGCUUUUAAUGCAAAACUUGAAAAAUGGAAAAAAUCUAUUGAGGACCUUGUGGAAUCACAACCAUUAGUUUUAAAUUUAUCAAGAAGUCAACUAACAAAAUUUGUUUCACUCUUCAAGGAUAGUUUAGAAAGUGAAGAAAGGGAAUGUCAAAGUCUUAUUCCAUAUAUAAUGCUAAUUGUUAAAGAAUUGUUCAGAGAUAAUCUGAAGCAUUAUCCAAUUACAGAAGAAGGAUUGAAGGAAAUUUUGAGUGGUUUCAAAAGUACAACAAGUGCAAAAGAGAUUUUGAAGCUUUCUGGUGAAUUUGUACAGAAAAUUAUUGAAAGUAUUGCUGGCGAUUUAGAUCAAGAAAGAAAUAACUACGAAACCAAAACACUGUAUGAUGUGAAUGGCUCACAAAUACCAAUUAUUCUACUUAAAAUAUUCCAAGAAAAUAUCAUUCAGUACUCUGGUGAUAAUAGUGUUUUGAUAGUCAACAAUUCCAAUAUCUUCUACUGUGAUGAAAGUACAAGGAAAGAGGACAUUCAAUGGUUUUGUAAAAGAAGGAAAGCUUUCCCGGAGCUCACUUAUGCUCUGGUUCAUGUGAACAAGUUAGUGCUCAGUGUGAAGGAAGAGUUGAUCAAGUUUGAGUUUGAAGCUCAUGAAAAGAACCAAAAGGUAGGAUUGACUACUUUGAUUUUCACAUCAGACGCAUCUAAAGAAGCAUUCUCAUUUAUUGAAACAAAGAAUGACAUUGAAGGUAUGGCCCAAAAGAAGCCAAUUAUUAGCAAGUACCUUUCAGAAAGUUGUAAGAUAGAGAAAUUUGAGACUGUUAAGGGAGAAUCAGCUUCUGGUAAGACUCGUUAUAUUCAAUCAGAAAAACGAGAUAAUGAGGUCUAUGUGAGAAUUGCAGUACAUGAAGAAUUUUCAUAUGACUAUUUUUAUGAACAAUUGUGUUCUUAUGAUUUUGAAAAUUCACCAAAGGUUUUAAUUCAUUUUGAUGUUUCCUAUGUUUUUGAAUUGAGAAACUUUGAAUUAUUCUUACUUGAAUGGAUCUUUGGUAGAUGCUUGCAAAGUAAGAAGGGUCAACUGGUUGAUACUUGGGGCAACACUAAAGAAUCAAUUCGUAUUUUUGUUGAAAUACCAAGUAGCUUUGAAAAAGUCAAGUUGGAUUUAAUAUCUUUAAUUGAGACUACUAUUGGACCAAAAUCAUUACAUUCAGAUCUUGCAAGUUUUGAUUUUGGAGAGGAAAAAACAAGAUAUGUAGCCUCAAUGUUUACUUUGUUCAAUUCAAAAAAGAUUAAUGAUAUUAAUCGUUUCUUGAAUGUUGACAAGAAUUUAGUCUCGGAAGAAAAGUCGAGACAAGUGCUUACUCAAUUUUUCAGCGUAAGCAAGGUUACAAAAAGCCAUUCAUUGAGAAAAAUAUUCAUUGAAUUGAUGUAUGAAAGGUUAAGAGGUCUUGAAAAUUAUCAUAUUAAGUUUUUGAAAUUGAAAGAGUCCAACGAGUUUGGUCAAGAUAUUUACGGAAAUGCUCAAGAAUUAAUUUUCACAAUCAAUGGAACUCUCUUCCCUGUAUUUAAAGAAGAAUGUGAGGUGAUGACAGAUAAUACUAUUGAACGAUGCUGGAGUGACCUUCCCGUAGUAUUUGCAGUACCAAAUCUUACAGAUGAUAUACCCAAUUAUAAUAUCGUCAGAUGUUCUAAAUGUAGCACUACUAGAGAGUAUAUUGGCAUGCAACCACUUGAUGUAAAAACUAGCACACUAGCAGAAAUACGUUCAAUAUUGACAUCCUCUUUCGAAGUUAAUUCCAUAAUUGAAAUUUGUGAAAAGACCAACUAUUUGCUAACUAAGGACUUUGCUAUCAAAUUAUUUUUGUUAGAUGAAAGAAGAAAGGUUGGCAGAUCUGUUAUUAUUGAAAGUGAAACUGGUGUGGGAAAAAGUGAAUUGCUUCGAUUUUAUUCAAAUAUUUUAAAUUCCAACAACAAAUUAUUGCCUGAUAUAAGAUUUGAGCUAAGGAAGUGGCUGUGUGAAACUGUUGAUCAAUUCACUUCCAAGAAUAAUAUUCAAACAGAGGUUAGAACUAAAAAUAUGGACAAAUGUAGAUCCAGAGAAUAUAUUGUAAAGCUGUUGAAAGAAACAGAAGAACAAGUUGGUCAACAGUUGUUGCAAGAAAUUACAAUUUCUCUAGUAAGCGCAGUUAAGAAAAUAUUUGAUGAGUUCAAAUUAAUUGAAAAAACAGACCUUAUUAACUCCACUUUUGAGGCUCUUGAACAACAGAAUUAUGAUUUAUGGACAGUGGAUAUGAUUGCUGACUUUUUAGCUCAAGCUGAGUCAGCAAGACCUGAAAACUCUAUUUAUUUCAAGAUUUUGAUGCAUAGUGGUAUAAGUUCACAAGAAAUAAGACAAACUAUAAGAGAUAUCGAAAGAAACACUUUGAGAUUAAUCAAUUCAGGAUAUCAAGACUUAAAGGUUGUUGUUUUCAUUGAUGAGUUGAAUACAAGCAGUUGUAUGGGCAUUAUGAAAGAGCUAUUUGUGGACCAUACAUUAGACGGUCAAUUGUUACCAAAAUCUAUCUUUUUUGUUGGUGCCAUAAAUCCAAAAUUGCAAAAUGAAGAAUAUGUAGUUAACGAAAUUGCACCAUCCAUGAAACUUAUCAGAUUUAACUAUGCAGAUCUCUCUAAAUAUCAAGAGCAAGAAUUUUUGGCUCUACUGAUCGAAUUAGAGCAAAAGAAGCGAGAUGAACAUGAAGGAUUUGUACAUGAUUUACAAACAUUCAUUUUAUCUGCCCAACGUUUUGUUGCAGAGUCUAAACAAUUGGAUAAGAGAAUAAGAGUUUCAAUCAGAGAUUUAACAAGGGCAUGUAAACUAUAUUGGUUUUUGAAGGAUAAUGAAGUUCUUUACUACUCUGCUAAUCUCUCCAUAGAACAAUGUCACAUUAUUUGCUUAUACAUGGCCUUAGCACUGUCCUAUUAUUUCAGAUUACCUUCUAGUGAGAGAACCAAAUUUGAGGAAAUGAUUGAUAGAGAAGCACAUACUCAGGUGCAAUAUGGAAUCUUUGCAUUUUCUCAAGUUGUCUCAGAGCAAUUAGGAUAUUUCUAUCAAAAAGCAAAACAACGCGGAUUUAUUCCUCCAGGUAUUGCAAGUACAAAAGCAUUAUUAGAAAAUUUCUUCACUAUGGUCAUUGGAAUUCAAGUUGGAAUAGGAAUCAGCUGUGUUGGUCCUCCAGGAAAUUCAAAGACUUUAUCUUACACUAUUGCAACACAAAAGAAGAAGAGUCUUUUUGUUGGAAUGAAAACUGUUCAUACCCAACAUUAUCAAUGCAAUGAAUUGUCUACUGCUAAUGAAAUUGAAUUAGUAGUAAAGAGCCAAGUUGAAACUAGACGAAAGUAUGAAAGAGCAGGAAUGGUUAACGAAAUUUGUAGUGUAUUAAUUGAUGAAGCAAGUCUUCCAAUAGAAAAGAAAAAUUCGCUCAAAGUUCUUCAUUACUAUCUUGACAAACCAACUAUUAGCACAGUUCUCAUUUCAAACAAUUUAUUGGAUGCAGCUAAAUCUAAUAGAUGUAUUCAAAUUGUUCAACCAGAGACUAGCUUUGAGGAUUUGAGAGCACUUUGUCAAGGUUGUUUAAUGUUAAAUGAAGAUGACAUUAAGCCAAAUUCAAGAAUAGAUAGAAUUAUUACAGCAUUAUGUAAAUCAUUUAAAGAGGUCAAUUAUGUGCUUACUAGCACAAUUGUUAAGCAACAUAAUGGCACUGGUGGAAUUUUCCAUUUGAGAGAUUUCGUCUACUUCUUAAGAAUGCUAUCUAAGAAUAAGGGUAAUCACAAGGAGGUUUUCUCUGGUAACAAUAUUUACUAUUGUUUACAACGUAAUUUUAAUGGUGUUCCAGAAAAUGAUUUCCAAAAAAUUCAAGAGCUUUUCUUGACAAAUAUUAACGAAAUGUUAGGAACAAAGAUUCAUAUCGAAAAGGAAAAGAUCAAGCAAUAUAUUGAUGUAGUAUAUGAUAGUAUUCACGAUAGUUUAUCAAAAUACGAUGAUCCAAAUCAAUCUCACUACAGACAUACUAUGAUUAUCGAUCCGAGCCAAGCUCAGGCCUCUAUUAAGCUUUUAACAUCCAACAAUAUAAUUGACCAAUCCAAGACAAAGGUUGUUUACAUUAGCGAUUUUAAGGGUGAUACAAAUGAUUUGUCCCUUUCUCAAGAAAUUAGUGAAGUCAAAAAUUGUAUGGAACUUGGAGCACCGGUAGUAUUGGUAAAUUCAUCUGCCAUUUCUACAAAUUUCUUUGACGUUUUUAACAAACACUUUACCAAGGUAAAUGAUAGAUACUUUGCCAAUGUGUCUAUUAAAGGAAAAACUCACCCAUGUGAAAUUAAUUCCAGCUUCCACUGUAUAGUCCACGUUCCUAUUGCACAAUACAGAGAGUUACCUUUGCCAUUCUUGAAUAGAUUUGAGAAAUACAUUAUUGGUGCAGAGAGAGUUUUGAAGAGUGAUCUUUUGGUUGAAAAAGAGGAGAGCAAGAAGGCAAUUUUCGAUCACAUCAGAAGAGGAGUUAAUGACUUUGUUCGUCAAUUUGAUGCUAGUACAUUCUAUGGUCUUGUUGAAGAUGAAACAGUGGAUUUAUUAAUCAAAUCAAUCUAUCAACAAUCCAAAGACUCUAUUCAAAUUAAGAAACCACUAACAAUUAAGAAUAAUAACAUUAUAGAACUAUUGAAAGAAAAUGGUAUGGAAGAUAAUAUCGAUUUAGAGGAAGAGGACGAAGAAAUUUCCAUCAACAAACUGAGGAGCUACAUUAGAAAGAUUAACUUUCAACUGUUGCAAAUUGCCAAACCUGAAGAUAUUUUCCUCAGAAGAAAAUUCAUUCCAAAAUCCUACCUAGUGGAGUACCUCACAAAACAAGAGCACUUUUGUACAAUUUCAUUUUUGAAGAAUGCCAUAGACCAACAUUUCAAACAAUCCACAACAAAUAAUUCAAAGUACAUUCUUUAUACCAGACACUCAAGUGGUAUUCACACUCUCAAUGAUACUGACCGUUUAAAGGAGAUUACCUCCGUUGCAUGUACUUCUGAACCUUUGAAGUCAUGUGUGAACAAUCCAAGUGAAAUUAUUACCCUUGCUUCACUUUCUUCAUUCUCUUCUCAAUUAGAAUUCCACAGAUUCUUGGGAGAGUUUGCAGCUGAUCAUCAAAAGCUUGUUUUACUAUUAACCAUUGAUAUGUCAAUGAUUUCUAAAAACACUGUGAAUUUUGUAAAAUUCAAGAUUGAGAAUAUUCUUUCUUCUCCAAUGAAGAAGGUUAAGAAUAUGACACCUUUCGUUUCUCUUAUUCUCUACUUCCCUCCAGAGUCUUCUCAUUUCAAUGCUGCUUACGAUAGUAUUUUCUUAGGGUGGGACUAUUAUUACAUUGACAGUUUAAGAGGAGACCUUGGUGAUGGUCAAAUUAGUCAAUAUAGAGAUAGCAGAUACUGGUUUAGUGUUGCUGUUGGAUUACUGAAGGGAUUCCGUGCAUCUGAUAAACAGGCCUUCCAAAAUUCUUUCAUUCCAUUAUAUAACAAGCUUUUGGAAGAUUAUAUUCGUUCAGAUAAUACAGCCGUUGCAUCUGGAUCACUUAGUCCAUUUUUCAUGAGAAGAAAUAUUAACAAACUGGUAGACAAGAAAAAGUUUAUUCUGACAAAUAUUAACAAGCUUGAAUUAUUGAGAGACAUUGUGUUGAACAUGUUUGCUGAUAGGUGGAAUAACCAGUUCCUUUCUCAACUCGUUCAAAAAAUAUGUACCGAUAUUACCAGUGGUAAGAUAGUCAAUGGUAUCAUUCAAACAAUUUCCUAUGAACUUUCGUCUGUCCUAGAAGAAAUGAUGUAUCCUAUCACAAGAAAAUUAAUUUAUCUUACACCAUCCGUACAAAAGAUUCUCAAUGUAGAAGAUCAAUCUACACUUUGUUUACUACGUAAAUUGAUAGAGGUUUUCAUAACAACAAACAAGAAAAAGAGCAAGAGCUCAGAUAUUUUACAUGUAUCAACCUAUCAAAGUACAAAUGAACACUUGCCUCUUUCUACUCUCCUUAUUGAAAAGAUGAUUCUAAAUGAGAAAUCUGAUAAUCUAGACGAAGUGGUAGAAAUGAUUGAGAAUGACAAGGAAAAUUUUGAAAAAUUCCGUCUCGAUAUGAUUUCUUUCUAUUUUGAAAAAGACAUUACAAAAGAAGACCAAGCAAUAAGAUUAGUUGAUAUUCUUAUUUCCCCUAUUUGGAAUAGUGCAGAGGGAAAGAAGAGUAUGAGACUACUCUCACAUCUUUCACAAACCAAAGUCAAGAAUAGUAUCAAAAUCUUACUUAACGUUCUUUCCCAAUUCAAGUCUAUUAAUUUCUUGACAGACGAAUUCAAAAAACAUUUGCAAGGAAAGCAACUCCAUGAGUGUUUGGAAGUCAUCUUUACUUACAUUCUUGAUUAUGUAUACAAAAAUAUAGGAACAGCUCUUGAAGAGAAAGACUUGGAUAGUAUUAAUAGUUGGAUGAGCGAACUUUCAUCUAUCAACUUUAUGUAUAUUAAGGAUAUUGCACCUAAAUACUUUAAGAGUUCAAGAUUCUCCAUUCUAUUCUUGGUCUACUAUGUGUUGAAAGGAUGGGUUUUAAGUGAAGAGCAAAUUGAAUAUUUGUGGAAAGGAAUUACAGAACUAUACAAAAAUCCAACAUACCUACCAGAUAACUUUAUAGAUAUUUAUAAUUGCUUCAAAGAUACUGUUACAACCUUCUUGGACCCUAAUCAACAAUCUAUCUGGAUUAAUAAUGUUACGAGAUUUGCCUUUGUGCAUAUUAUUGACAUUUGGUCGGCUCCAUCAUUGACAAACUUUUUCACAAUUAUUUCACAAUACGAAAAGGAUGAAAAUUCAAUUUUCAAACAACUUAAUAUUGGCUUGAUAACAAGUAUUACAAAAACCAUAAUGGCUCGUUAUCUGCAAAACAAAUUCAACCAAAAUAUGACGAAUGUAGUUGAGCAAGAAUUGAACAAUUACUCUGAUGAAAACUUUGUCCCAGAAGAAUUAUCUUCAAAGAAACAACCAUUCUCUGUUCUGCUUCUUCAAUCAUCAUAUCUUUCUCAUCACUCUCAAUCAAAAUGGGAAACAUUCCUUCCACUCUUUACAAGACAUCAAGAGGAUGGAGGCAAUAGUAAGCUUUCCAAACUUAUCACUCAAGCCAACAAUAUUUUGCUGAUAACAAAGCUCUCGAGUCAUCUCCUCAAAGAUGAUGAUCCACAAAAAACUAUUGAAAAUAUGGAUGCAGAAACAUGUGAAUUGAUUACUAAUGUUAUGAAACAAGAAAACAUGGCUCUUUAUUUCCUUUCAAGAUAUACUUCUGAUGUUGAGUUGGAGAUGAUUCUUACUACAAAUAGAGGAGAAUUGGGAAGAAUAGGACUGGCAAAUUUCCAUAUACCAUCAAUUAAGAAGAAUUUUAAAUCUCAUCAUUUCUCAUUCAUGCAUGAUAAUAAUCAAGUGUACACAGAUUUGAAAAGACAUAUUGAAUCUAACAAUAUUCAACAGAUACAUAAUUUUAUCAAUACCAAUGCUGCCCAGCAUAAGUAUUUCAUUAGAAUGUGUUUGAUUGUAAUCUCGUAUAAUUUCUACUUUUUGGAAUGUAAAUCUUGUGAUGCUGUAUUGGCUAUUUUACAAGACAGAAAUGUAUUGAAUACUCUUAGUAUUGAUGACUCUGAGUUGAAGGCAUUCGUAUUCUUUGCUACUAAACCAGUAUCUCUUCCAGUUGAGAAACAAGAUGACUGGUUCGCAUCAUAUUACUUCUCUCAGGAAUUCAUCAACUCUAACAGGGAUAAGAUGCUGACUCACCUCCUAGCAAAUAUUACAGCAACUAAUGUGGGCGUUCCAAAAGAGAAGAAUCACUUGUAUAACAGAAUGUUUAAUCCACAAGUAUUGGCCAAUUCAUUCGGUCCUGGAAGUACAUAUCAGGAUAGGAACUGGGAUUGUGGAUAUACUAGCUCUGGAUACAAUAUUAAUAACAUUGAAAGCCACAAUAUUAUGAAUAGAAAUCAGACAUACCACUCAGCUUUGAACUCGCUCACUUGGGCUUCCUUUGUAAUGUGCGUAAUAUUCGAUCCAGCAAAGAAUGAAAAUGCUGCCAAAGGUGGACAUAUGUGUAAUUGUAUUGAUGAUGUCAAAUUCAGGCCCAAUUUAAGCAAUUUGGAACAACUUCAAACCUAUAUUAAGAUUAGGGCUGAUACUUUCUGUUCUAUUUUUGCUCAUUCACCUAAUAUUAUUGGAAAUGUGGACCCAAUUAUUUUCUUUACCUCAUCUCUCGAGGAAUUCACCAAGCAAGCACCAAACAGUAAUGAUUGUUUUGGAUUCUUUGCAAAUAAUAAUACUCCAACCAUUAGAGCAUAUGAAAACUUUUGGAUGAACUCAUGUUUCAUUCCAACACUCAAUCGUUAUGCUAACAUUGUUGGUAAAAUGAAUGCUGGUCAGAAACUUCUUCAAGAUAUUGGUCAAUUCAAGGAAAGAUCGUUGGCUAUUAGAAAAUGUGUUGAUUUAUUCCCUUCAAGAGAAAAUAUUCUUGCUUUCUUCUCCCAAAGAUAUACUGAUAUUGAAGAUAAUGCUGAGCUCAUGACAGUAAGGCAAAUAGUCAAACAUAAGGACUGGUUAUUGUUUAGUUAUUAUUUUAUUGACUUUUUGAGUUUUUAUGUUAAAUUACACAGAGGUUUGAAUGGCAAGAUUGAAAGAGACUCAAUUCAUAUGACAGUCAAGGAUGCAUUAACACUCAUUACCAAAGAUAAGAGUAAACAAGAGGAAGAAGCCAUCUACGAAAGUUGGGAAUGCUUUAAGAAAUCUUGGAAUAUUGUAUCAGAAAAACAAGAGAGAAACAUUGUUUGUCAACAUGCUAACCAAGCUGAAAUACCAAUUAUUGAUGAAAACUCAAUUCUCUCUCAUCUGCUCUAUGUUGAAGGUGGUAAUAAUGAGAUUGGAACAUUACUUUUAACAAUUUAUAAUGCUCAAUCAGAUAUUCAACAAGGACAUUCUUUCCCAGAUACCAUUGAUGCAGCCUAUGUUAUGGAACUUGAUGAUGUCUUUUACAAACUAUUAUUCAGCAAAUUUGAGGAUGAUAACUUCUUUGAAAAUAUUCAAUACUAUGUAACAAUCAAUAACGGAGAUAUUAACUUUGAUUGGAAGUCAUUGGAGAGUUAUUUUGUUGAAUCACUUUCUAAAGGAAGGCCAAGACUUUUGGUUAAAAAGGAUCAAGUUAUUAGUCCACAAGCCAUCUGCAAGUUCAAGGAGGAUAUCCCAAUUGAGGAAGAUUUACCUGAUGAGAUAAUUCAAGAAGAUAGCCUUUCUCUGGAUACUUAUGCAUCUGAACUGAAUACCUUGAUUGAAAAGAUGAAUAGUAUGGAUAUUUCAUGGAAAACAUUCGACAAUACCAAGAAGAAAUCAUUUAUGAAUUCACUCAACUUCAGAGAUACUAAAAAGAUUUUACAAAUUGCCAAAGAUACAUGUCAAGCUGCCACAAAUUUGAUUGGAAAAGUUCCCUUCAAAUCAUUUAGUAUUGUCAACUCAGAAAGGGAAAUUUUAGGAUUCUCUGAAUUUGUAUUGGACAUUAUUUACAAUAGAGAUGAAGUUAAAUCUCUAUACGAUAAAUUCUCCUCCACGUUCAGAAUUCCAAUGUCAACCUCAACAAAGGAGAAAUUUGAGAGAAUUACUCUCUAUACCAUGAAAAUGGUAGAAACAUCCAAUCCAGAAUUGGAUAAUUUCCUGUCUGAUUUGAGAACUAUUGCUACUGUUAUUUACAACAAUGAAAAGGAUAUUGUUAAUGCAUACGCUUCAAUGACAACUGCUAGUCUUAGAACCGUUUUUGAGUCUCAAAUUCAAGUCAAAAAUCACGAUAAUUUAGCUCAAAUCCUUCCAAACUAUUUCCUUGUUAAAAAUUUGGUUCCUUACAUUGAAAAUAUUAGAAGAUUAAUUGGUAAAAUUGAGCUCAAGAAAUCUUCCAUGAAAACGGAAAAUUACCAAGAGCUUGUCCCUGAUAAUCUGAAAACAAGACCUGAAUCUCCUAUUGAUCCAUUGGACAGUUUGAUUUCAAAAGUAGAAGAACCUGAAGAAGAAGAAGAAAUUCCACAACCUCCUCCAAUGUUUAAUGUGAUGCCACUAUCUAACCUACCAAUCAUGCGUCCAAACAUGCCUUCUAACAAUUACACAAUAGAUCCAAAUCAAAUGAACAAGAUUAAGAACCUUAUGGAACAAGCCCAGAACGAGAAGCAAAUUUCUCUACUUCUGCAACCACAAUUAUUGGAUAAUAAUCUUCUAUUGAGAUUGGUAGAAUUAUUGGAAGAGGCAGAAAUGUUGACAGAGGAAGGUAAAGAACUGCAACAAGCAAUUUCAACCAACCAAACUAUUAUUUUACAAAACUUUAACAAGUUGAGAUAAUAUUUGAAAAUAAAGUUGUAUUAUG